AUGCCGGAUCCCGGGCCAUCGGCCUUUAAGCCCCUGCUAAAAAAUGGAGUGGUCGCUUCCUUCGUGCCCAGGCCCGGGCCUCUGAGCCGAAGCCUCUGCUCCUGGAGCCUCAGCGUCUGCGAGGAGGAGGCUGAUUCCCGGCCUUGGCCUUGCGUCCGGCCCUCACUGUCCGCGCCCCCGCCUGCCGCAGUGCCACCGCAGUGCCACCGCAGUGCCACCGCAGGCCUCAGGUCCUCAGCUGCGAAGCUGGCAGACGCGGCGCUUCUGCGGCCUGGGCCCACCUCCCAUGCACAAGAGUGGUGCUGGAGGGGCCCGGUCACCCCUGAGGACACCCGCCUGCUGGCCGCUUUGGUUUCUAAGAGUCAGAGUCCUGCCACCAGCUCCUGGGACUGA